AAGGGUGCAUCGUACGAUAGUGAUUACGAUUAGCGAAUGGAUGAUUUGAGUUGUGCAGGAGGGGGCUUGUUUUUAGCAGCAAGCAAGGUCGUUCUUUGUGUCAAAAAAUUCUACUUGUGACGAAUACUUAGUUUUUGUUAUUUACGAGGAGUGAGUGACUGUUUGUGCUCAGUAACAAAGGUCAUAGAGCGCGUAUGUUGUUAAUAGUAAUCAAUAUUUAAAGAAACUUGUAAUUUCGAACGUUCCAAUGAGUUUGGGAGGAGGUCACAGUAUAGAGGGAACAAAUGCAGGAGGAAUAUUUGUUCAGUUUAAUCAAGAUUGCACGUCCCUAGUUGCUGGUAGUAGUAGUGGCUAUCAUUUGUUUGCACUGACUCCCGAUGAUGGAAUUGAAGAAAUAUAUGCAAGCCGGUCAGGGCAGGACACCUGUCUGGUGGAUCGCCUCUUCAGCAGUUCCUUGGUCGCCAUUGUUACAGUUUCAGCUCCCAGGAAGCUAAUCGUGUGCCACUAUAAGAAAGGAACUGAAAUAUGCAAUUACAGUUACAGUAACACAAUUCUCGCUGUAAAGCUAAACCGAUCCAGGCUGAUUGUAUGUUUAGAAGAGUCGCUUCACAUUCAUAACAUUCGUGAUAUGAAAAUCCUCCACACGAUCCGCGACACGCCUCCGAACCCGCGCGGACUGUGCGCGCUCUCUCCCUGCGUCGACCACUGCUACGUGGCCUACCCCGGUUCCAGCGCCGUCGGGGAGGUGCAGAUAUUCGAUGCCGUGCAUCUUAAUGCGAAGUGCGUGAUCAGCGCGCACGACAGCCCGCUGGCUGCGCUCGCGUGGUCCAUGUGCGGGCGACGCCUGGCCACCGCGUCCGAGCGCGGCACCGUCAUCCGCGUGUUCGCCGUGCCCGAGCGCACGAGACUUUAUGAAUUCCGGCGCGGAGUGAAGCGCUGCGUGUCCAUAGCGUGCCUCGCCUUCAGCGCGUGUGGGGCAUACCUAGCGGCCACAUCUAACACGGAGACGGUUCACGUGUUCCGGUUGCAAGAGGGCGCAGCGGGCGCAGUCGGAGCGGGUGCGGUGGUGGGCGCCGGUGAGGAGGGCAGCGCCGGUGCAGGACCCGCGGGCGCCGCCGAGGCCGGCUGGAUCGACUGGCUGUCGCAGGCGGUGUCGGCCGGCGCCGGCUACCUGCCCGCCCAGGUGGCCGAUGUGCUCACGCAGGGUCGUGCUUUCGCCGCCGCCCGUCUACCGCGCCCCGCUCGCCGCGCCGUAGCCGCCGUCACCAUUGUGGCGCGGACGGCGCGGCUGGUGGUGGCCACGUCGGACGGCGUGGUGUACGUGUACUCGCUGGAUGCGCAGGAGGGCGGCGAGUGUGCCCUGCUCCGCACUCACCGCCUACUGGACGCCGGUACGCCCGCGCCGCUACACUCGCAGGAAGCCGCGGCGGGCUGCAGUUACGCGGGCGCGCUGCGCGGCCGGCUGCCGGACACCAUGACAGAGUCGGAGCGCGCGCAGGAGCUGGGAGCGGCGCUGGCCGGCUCCCCGCCGCGCGGCGCCUUCGACCUGCGCGACCACAGACACUUCCCGCCCAUGCGCGCGUCGCCCGCCAGCCCCGCCGCCCCCGCGCCCGCCGCCGACCAGUAGGGCGGGCGAUCUAUCGCAAUCUCAGAAUGUGUAAAUUGUAUUUAACAUUUUAGAAAAAUUUAAUCGUAUAAAUACGCAUCGAUGACCCCUCCUUGAUCCUCUAUGUUUGUCACGCGAACUUCGGAUUUCUCGAUUGGAUCGUUGUUUUUAUCCGCACGAGAUAGUGAAACCUCGAUGACUUAAAUAAAAAUGAAACCGUCGGAUGUGAUAAAAAUGAUCAGUCCUGAUUUUUACUUUUCGACGAGAAUAAAACUAAUAAUAACAUUAUUAUAAGUACAAAAAAAUAUAUAUUUACAUUUUAAGGUUGUAUAAGACAAUUUUUACAUAUAGACAAGAGUGACGGGAAUUUCUACGACCGCCUAAUAUGACUCAUUCGAUGUGGACGAAGACAACGAACCACAUUGAGUUAUUCCGUCACGCACUCGAGUGCGUGCAGCCAACUGUACAUAGCGUUCUACGUGUAUACUAUACGAGGCACCUGUAAUAUAAUUCUAUAUUAUUUUAAAUUUAGACUUUGCGAUGUGAUAGCCCUUGAUGGCUGUUUAUGCUGUGAUUGUUUCGAAUGUAUGUCUGAUUAAAUCGAUUUAAAAUAGUAUGAAAAGUCCGCUGCAUAAAAAAAAAAAUAUAUAAAAUAAAAUUUGAAGAUAAAAAUUGCGGCGAGUGCAAGACACGUAUAAUUUUAGUAAAUAACAUUUUGCUCACGCUGCUUUACAUAUCAGAAUAUUACGUUAACGUUUAUUGUUGACCUCAAACUCCUUCGUCGACCACCCGACUUUGACGGUGUGGUUGGAGCGGCGCGAGCGUCGCGGUAGUAUGUGACCACAAUUAAGUACAACACUAAACUGAGUUAUAUAAAAAUAUAUGUAUUGUAUUCAUAUUGAUAAUUAUAUUUUUAUUGUUGCUGUCUUCGAAUCGUGCCGCUAUUUAUUGUCUCAUCUGAUGUUUUAAAACAAAAUUGUAAAUAUUGAAUAGUAAUAAAUAUUUUUACAAAACCCAA